AUGCAGUGUAGUGCUGCGCGCCGCUGCUUGGCCGCCCUGCAGCUGUUCGCGCUUGAGCGGCGGAGGGUGACGAUGUCGUACAAGCACUUUGAGAGCGCCGUGGACAUCGAGGCCGCCUUCCGCCGCCUCCCAGCCGAGGAGGUAGAGUCGAUGGAGCGCAGCGCGGAGGCUCUGCGGCAUGAUGCUGCGUUGACGCCUAUUGUGGAGGACACGGAUGUGGACGGCGCCAUGGCCACAACGCUGCCGAAAGAGAACGAAUGGAUGGUGCGGCAGUCGGCUGGAACGGAUGAAGACGCCCUGUGA